UAAUAAAGAUAAAAUGCACGUGUAUUUUUAAAAAGCAAAAUUAUGGAAGAUAAAGAGUUCAGAAAGAAGCGAAAAAAAACUUCCACUGGUGGCCCUUCAGGUAAAAAGGUAAGGAAAUUGAAGAAGAAAUUCUCAAACCCUGUAGAGGAAGAGAAAGUUGAAAGUGUUGAACAAAAUAUUAAACCCAAUGAAAUGAAUGAGUCUCGUGUCAUUGAGGGCAUAGACAAUACAGAAGAGAAUGAAUAUGAAGAACACACUUCCUUUAACCCAACAGACAAUACAGAAGAGAAUGAAUAUGAAGAACACACUUCCUUUAACCCAACAGCAUUGUCAACAAAUGAUGACACAUCCUUUGAGUCUUUGAGAGAAAGUGUGUCGGAAAAAACGCUAAGGGCUAUUUCAGAUAUGGGCUUUAUAAAUAUGACUGAAAUCCAACAUAAGAGUAUAGUGCCAUUGCUCAAUGGAAGAGAUUUACUGGGUGCAGCCAAAACUGGAAGCGGAAAGACUUUGGCAUUUUUAAUCCCAGCGAUUGAGCUACUUUACAAACUUCAGUUUAAGCCCAGGAACGGCACAGGGGUAAUCAUAAUUUCCCCAACACGAGAACUUUCCCUACAAACAUUUGGCGUGGUUACAGACUUGAUAAAACACCACAAUCACACGUAUGGCAUCAUUAUGGGUGGAGCCAAUAGAAAGAAUGAGGCUGAAAAGCUUCAGAAGGGCGUCAACCUGUUAGUUGCAACGCCAGGACGACUCUUAGACCAUUUACAGAACACGCAUGGGUUUAAAUUCAAGAAUUUGCAAUGUCUCAUAAUUGAUGAAGCUGAUCGAAUAUUGCAGAUUGGCUUCGAAGAAGAAAUGAAACAGAUUAUUCGAAUUUUACCAGGUCGUCGAAUGACGGUAUUAUUUUCUGCAACACAAACGAAAAAUGUUGAAGAUUUAGCGAGAAUAUCAUUAAAAAAAGCUCCAUUGUAUGUGGGCGUUGAUGACAAUAAAGAAACAGCAACAGUUGAAGGCUUAGAGCAGGGUUAUUUAGUUGUGCCGUCAGACAAACGUUUCUUGGUCUUAUUUACGUUUUUGAAGAAGAAUCGGGAUAAGAAAGUAAUGGUGUUUUUUUCAUCUUGUCAUUCUGUGAAAUAUCAUUCUGAACUUCUUAACUACAUUGAUCUGGAGGUGCUUGACAUACACGGCAAACAAAAGCAACAGAAGCGUACAACGACAUUUUUUCAAUUCAGCCAAGCAAAAUCUGGUAUCUUACUAUGUACUGACGUCGCAGCUCGUGGCCUUGAUAUCCCUGAGGUAGACUGGAUCGUGCAGUUUGACCCCCCUGAUGAUCCUAAGGAAUAUAUUCACAGAGUUGGGCGAACAGCGCGCGGUGCACACGGAAAAGGACAUGCUCUUUUAUUCUUACUUCCUGAGGAACUGGCUUUCCUUCGCUACUUAAAACACGCAAAGGUUCCUCUUAACGAGUAUGACGUGUCGUCGUCCAAGAUUGCCAACAUUCAAUCCCAGCUUGAGAAAUUGAUCGCAAAGAACUACUACCUACACAAGUCUGCGAAGGAGGGCUAUAGGUCGUAUCUUCAGGCGUACGCCUCGCAUCAACACAGAGAUAUAUUCAGCGUGAAUACGUUAGAUCUGCAGAAAGUUGCAAAGGCUUUCGGUUUUCAAGUUCCCCCUGCUGUAAAUUUAGCUGUCCACAGCAGUAAAGGAGAGCGACCUCGAAAGCGUGGAGGUGGUGGCGGAUUUGGUAUUGGUUACAGAAACUCUAAAACGAUGAAAAAAAUUAAGACUUUCAAACAUAAGAAGGUUAACAAAGAUACCAGACAGUUUAGUAGAUAGAAUGUUCAACGUGUCUGACUGCACGGUUUUAUCGUGAGCAAGAUGCAUUGGGUGGUCACUUUUUUA